AUGAAGAUUUAUACAAAAAGAGAAGAUAAAUACAUAGUUCGUUAUGAUAGAACAACACCGUUAUGGGAUGUUAUGAAAACAUUGUGGGAGUGCAAAUAUUUCGAACCUAUUUCUUAUGGAGAACUUUUCACAUAUACGACUGACUUAUAUAAACAGAACCUUGCACGAUUUAAAGAUUUGACAUAUGCUCCAAAGUAUUGUGUACAACUGAAGAAGAAAGCCGAGUCAAAAGAAGUAAAUAAAAAUAAGUGCAAGUUCAUUCCUGAGCACGUUUUCUUUGCUGACUUUGAGUGCAGUACUGAUGGCUUUCAUAAAGCUUUUAACAUCUGUUAUGACAGUGAAGAUGGUUCAGUGAGUGAAAGCAUAUGGGGUCAGAACUGUGCAACAGAAUUUUUGGAGCGACUUCCUGACAAGAGUUUAAUAUAUUUCCAUAACCUCAGUUAUGACAUAAACUUCAUCUUAAGACACAUGACAGAAGUGAAAGGAACUCCCAUCAUUAAAGGUUCACGAACAAUGCAAAUAACUGGCUUAUAUAAAGGUAAAGCAAUCAUUAUUAAAGAUUCAUACACUGUUAUAAAUAAGAAGCUUAAACUAUUUCCUGCUAUGUUUCAUUUGCAGUGCGGUGAAAAGGAAGUAUUUCCAUACAACUACUACAGCAGUGUUUUGUUAGCAAAUGACAACAGAACUGGUGUCAUUUCUGAAGCGUGUAAGUUUGUAAAAGAUAUUGAUACGUUCAUGAAAAACAUAGAUUUAAUCGAAAACUGCAGAAUAGAUGAGAACCACUUCGAUUUAGAAAAGUAUAGUACAUUCUAUUGCAAACAAGAUGUAAGAAUUUUAAGAGAAGGUUUUGUUAAGUUCCGCAAUGAUAUAUUGAAAGAGUUUGAUUUAAACGUUUAUGAUUACGUUAGCAUUUGUUCAAUUGCUAACAAAUUAUUUGAGAACAGAGUGUACUUCCCGAAUGGAAAUUUAUAUGACCUCUCAAAUAAACCAAGAGAAUUUAUUUCGAGAUGCAUUCAAGGUGGAAGAUGUAUGCUGUCAGAUAACAUGAAACAAAAGAGCGAAAAGAAACUCAUUGCUGAUUUCGACGCUGUUUCAUUAUAUCCAUCAGCUAUAGCAAGACUUUAUACUUUAGAAGGUAUUCCAAAGGUUAUGAAGAAAGAAAUGUUAAGCACAGAGUAUCUCAUGAGACAUUUAUUCGAUGACGACCAAAAGGAACCCAUUGGUGAAAAGUUUAUGUCUGGCUUCUUUGUUCUCAUUAAGAUAACAGAGAUUGGAAUACAUAGACACUUUCCUUUAAUAGUUUGUGACCCUGAACUAAAUCCAGAACUUAACGUUCCCAGAAGUUCAAACACUUGCUGUUUAAUGUAUGUUGACCAUAUAACAUUACAAGACCUCAUAAAAUAUCAAG